AUGAACGAAUUGCUAACUACUACCAACAACCACAAGAACAUUCUCACCUAUUUUUAUGCACCCAUCAAUGAUUGUACAAAUAUUAAUUCAUCAUCAUCAGCAUCGGAACCAUUUUCCAACAAACAUGAAAAACAUGAGGAUGAUGAUCUUAAUUUAAUUGCUAAUAAAUCGACAAAAGUAGUACGAGAUAUUUUCCUAUUUGAAGAAUGGAGAUUAAUUGCAAGUUUUUUGACGAGGAAAAAUUGUUUUGGAGGCUUGGCAAGUGUAAACAAAACUUCAAGAUUGGCAGUUUUAAGUGUACAUUUUAUUAGAAAUAGUGCAGUGAUUAAAUCAUUUGCACUUCGUUGGAUUUGGGCACAAACUAUUGAUAGUUAUUCCGAUAAAUUACCAAAUAAUAGAUUUAUUGAAAUAUUAAAACCACUUCAGGAGGAAUAUUAUGAUUUGCACCAAUUUAUACAAGAUCCAAAUCAAGAAAAGAGUGAAAAUUACUUUCCAAUACCAAAUUAUUAUUCACGUAAUCUUGUAAAGGCAGCAUGCAGUGUUGGAAAUAACGAAAUUAUUUUACAAUUAAUUGAAAAAUCAUUUUUAUUUGAUUUGAGCACAGUAACACCAUCAAAGUAUUAUGAUUUGGCAUUCUUGAAUGGACAUUAUGAUACAGCUGUUGCUUUUGCUAAAACUUUACUUUUAAGAAAUGGAGAAUUGGAUAUUUCCAAAUGUAUUCCUCAAAUAAUUUCUCCAUUCAUUGCACCAAUUGAAUUUGAAAAUCAAUAUCAAAUAGUCUAUCAAUUAUUUAACAGAUCUCAAACACAUUAUCAAUUGGGAAUUAGUAGAAUAAUUUAUGAAUUAUUACAUUCACAACUUUUACAAACAUGCCAUGAGGAAGCUUCUAAAAUUGGUUGGACUAAUUUAUUAGAUAUUGCUCUUUUUAAUUUGCAUUUCCCACAACUAUUAAUGCGAAAUGAUAUUGAGUCAGUUCAAUUUAUUGUUGGACGUUUAUAUCAAAAUAGAAAAGAAAACAAUACUCUUCCAUUAUUUUCAAAUGAUUUGGAAAGAAUCCUCAUACAAAUACAAUCACUGGAUCAAGUUGAUUUUCUUGUAUGGUUCUUUGAAUAUAUAGGAAGUUUGGGAGAGUUGACAUUAUUAUCGGAUUUAAUAUUUAACAAUUUGAAUACUAUUUUAACUAUUAAUACUAAAUUUUUAGAUAUUUAUUUGAAUCAAUUUCAUGGAAGACAUGUUGAAAAUGAUGAAAAAAGACUCUAUGAAUAUAUGGAUGGUUUGGAUACCAACUAUCUUAAUUUGAUAUCUCUUUUGGGAAUUACUAAAAUACCAUACGAGAGGAUUGCAAAACAUUUAAACUCAUGUGCACAGUACUAUUUGGUUAAUUAUGGUAAUGUAAUUGUUCAAUAUUAUGAACCAGAAAUUGCAACAAUCAUCUUUAAUAACAUUCAACUCUUCCUUGAUGAUACAAAGAUUCAUCCAAAGAAACGUUCGCUCUGUUUAACACCAAGAGUACAAACAGAUCUUGUUAAUUUAUUUCUCAAACAGGAGAUUGUAGAUUGGAAACUAAUUGUAGAAUUUAUUGAAAAGAAUCCAUUCAUGUCCAAUUUUAUGGAAAUUAUAAUUUCAAAUGCCUAUGAUUCGUUUACAAGAACAAUAUUGGAUAGAAUUUACUCAACUUCAGACUCUGAGAAUUAUUCAUCCAGAAGAAGAUUUAUAUUCAAAUCCUUUACUAGAUAUAUUGAGAAGGAUGUUUAUGACUUUUGUGCCUUGUUAAUGUUUGCAUGCACAGUUGAAAAGAGUUUUAUGAAAGCUUUGAUAGAAAGGAAUGAAUUUUUAAUAUCAAAGAUUCAUGCCUCAUUUGAACCAUUUCAAAAUGUUAGUCAAAUGAUUGAAAGAUGGAACGAUGGUUCAUUUGAAUUAAUUUCACAUGAUUUGCCUGUUUUGGACUGUCUUUGUAAUAGUUCGUUGAAGGUAUUUGUAAAUGCUAUUGGUUCUCUAUGGCCACUUUCUAAUAAUUUCCUCAGUUUGACAUUUAAAAUUCUCGAUGAGUCAUAUGAACCUAUCGUAAGAAAUAACAUUAAUGAUAUUAGAAACAUUAUCCGACAUUUCAUUACAUCAAGUCAUGAUAUUGAUAUUAUAACAUCAUACUUCAAAACGACAAUUCAUCAGGAGGAAAUUUUAAAUGUUCUAAUGGGAUUACCACUAUUUACGAAAGAUAAUUUGUUAAAUAUUUCAACAUCGGUUUUAGCAAGAACAAAAUUAACACUUUCAAGUUUAGAUACGAUUGUUAACAUUAUUCACGAUCAUUUUGAUGAUGUUCUAGAACAAAAAUUCAAAGAUUACAUUACCAUUCCACAAGAUAAUUUAUCACAACUCAUUUCUAUCAAAUACCAUCCAAAAUCAAUAUCAUUACUUGAAAGAAUUUCAUAUAGACAUUUAUUUGAACCUUCAUAUUUGUCAUUCUUUGAACAAAUUGAAAGUGUAUGUGGAAGAGGAAGUAUGGUUUCAUCUGAUAGUGCACAAGCCUAUUGGAAUGCAUCCAGUGACCCUUAUCUCUUGUUAAAUGAUAGAGAUACUAUUAUGAAUCUACUUUCAAAAUAUGAAACUAUUCCUAAAACAAGCAAGUGGAGAUCAAUUCUUACAGGUCUAGUUAAUCAUGGAUUUAUUGAUGAACUAUUGGAAAGAUUAGCGGAAAAAGAACAUCGUAAACCAAUUCUUUUUGAAAAUUCUCCUCUUUUCACUUUAACAAGUUCAUUUGGAAAUAUUUCUACUUCUUCUGAAUUUCUACAAGAAAAUAGAAAGAAGGAACAACAAUCAGAAAGAGAAAAACAACUCUCCUAUGUUCAAGCUCCUCCUCUAUUUAAUUUUACUUUUGAUUUUGGAAAUUCCAAUAAUAAUAAUAAUAAUAAUGGAAACUCAUUUAUUUUCCUUUCUAAGAAUGAAUCAAACAGUGGAAAUAGUAGUAGUGAUGGUUUGGAAUUACACUCAUCUAAAGCACCCCCAACUAAUUAUUCACACACAACAUUACCAUUUAAUCAAUACCUACAGUUCAAGCAAUAAAUGAAUUUAUUUUACAAGAG